AAUGCAAAUCCUUGUCUGAACAAAAUCCACCCCCCACCCACGCCCAUAACCCCCUACCCCAAUGGGUUGUGUAUCAUCCAAACUCUUCAAAAAUGAAUUCAAACAAGAAAAUAAUUACACUAACCAUGUUGUUUCUUUAACUUCAAGCACUUAUGGUGCAUUGAAUCUUGAAAAAGAUUGCAAUUUUACGCGAAACUCGCUUCCUUUGAUCAAAGAAUGUGUUAAGGAAAUCAAGAAAUCGCCGCCCCGUGAAGAAUCUCAUGAAGUUAUUAAUACUUGGGAGCUAAUGGAAGGUCUUGAUGAAGAAGUAGUUGUUCAAAAUUCCAAGAUUAGCCCGAAAUCUCGGGUUUUUCUUCGUGGAUUUGGCGAUAUUGAUGCUCGUAGCCCGUUGAAAUUCUUGAAUCAAAUGAGCUCACCGCGAAAAUUUAAGAAAUUUGGAGGUAAAGAGAACAAUAAAGGAGGGGCUAAUGGGGCUAAUGGAGUUAAUGGGGUUGAUUUUACCCCUAAAAAUGUAUUGAAAAUGUCACCGAGAUUGAAUUUUUCGAAGAAGGGAAGCCCGAAUGAGGUGAAAUGUGCUAGCUUGAGCCCGAACGGGCUGAAAUCUGUUGUGGUUUCAACGAGGAGGAGGAGUUUAAGCCCGUUAUUCGAUCCACAGCUCGUGGAAGCUUUCGAGAAAGAGCUGUCAGAAGAAGAAGAACAAAUCAAGAAAAUGGUGUUUUCUACGCCAAUUUCGCGAAAAGCUAGGAAUUCUCAAGAAGCAGAGACAAUGCUCGAAUUAUUCGAGAAAAAAUGCCCUCCAGGUGGUGAAAAUUCAGUUGUAAUUUACACAACUACAUUGAGGGGUAUUAGAAAAACAUUUGAGGAUUGCAACACUGCUAGAGUGAUACUCGAAUCGAGUAAUAUUCAAGUGUUUGAGCGCGAUAUAUCGAUGCAUUCGGGGUUUAAGGAAGAACUAAGAGGACUAAUGGGGAAAAAAGAGGUGAAAGUUCCAUUAGUAUUUGUUAAAGGGAGGUUGAUUGGUGGAGCUGAUGAAAUGUUGAAGUUGGAGGAGGAGGGCAAAUUGGGAAUUUUACUAGACGGGAUACCGAGGGCGGGGUCCACGUGUGAUGGCUGUGCCGGGGUCCGGUUCGUGAUGUGUAUGGACUGCAAUGGGAGUAGAAAAAUGCUGGCUAAGGAUGGAAAGAGUACUGUUAAGUGUGGAGAGUGCAAUGAGAAUGGUUUGAUCCAAUGUCCAAUUUGUUGUUAGUUAACUAUGUAAGUUAACCAAUUUAUGUUUGUCUUUAUUUUGCUCAUUUUGUGUGGUUGAACUAACUGAAAUUCUUUCAAGAUUUGUACUAGUAUGUCAGUAUCAUGUUGUUGAAUUGUUGGAGAGAAAAAAAAAUCAGAGAGGUAUUUAACUAGGUUGUUGCAUACCAUUGUCUAUUUGAUUUGCAAGUUUGUAAUGUGUUAUUAUUUGCUGCUAAAUAUGUUUAAGGAAUAGUUAUGUUA